AUGACGACCACAAAAGAGGCCGCAUUGAAAUAUAGAACAUUUUGCGUGGCGAAAAAGAAAGAAGUGUGGGAGGCGUUGAUUCAUCACGCGAAUUAUGCGAAACACAUUGAGAAAGUGUACGAUAUGACGACGGUUUUGCAGAGAGUACAACAAGAGUGUCUUGUGUUCGCUCUGGAGAAUGGAAUCGGGAAUCCGGAUGUCCAUGACGCCGCCGAGCUCAUCUUCCCGUUGGCAAUGCAAAAAGUGGUCAUUAAAGUGUUGAAACCGUAUUUUCUCUCGCAUUGGGCUAAUUUCAGAUUAGCCGGCUUCAAUCCGAUCCGAAAAAUCGACCAUGGCAUCGAUUUGAACGAAUCUCUGUACACGGAUGAGAAGAAAUUGCAGAAUCAGCAAUAUGUGGCAGAUUUCAACGCGUUUGUCAAUGAAUUAAAAACAGGAAUUCUCAAUGCAAAUCGUCACCUAAACGCCACCGUCUCUCUCAUCAUCCGAGAAUUGGCCGCCUCGAUGGUCGUUCACGAGAAACGGGCGUUUGACGAUGAGUUGAGAUGCUCAAUGCUCCAAGAAUAUAUGGAAAGUCUCCGGAUUUGGGCGGAGUCAAUGACGAUGGAGGAGGCGUAUCAUUUGGUGGCAGACACUAUUUAUAAAGACGUUUUUCAGUUGUUGUCGAGAAAUGCCUACGAAAUGGUCGCUGUCAACUUCCCCGAGAAAUUCCGUGAGAUCAUAACAAUGAAAUAUUGCCUCCUGAAAACCAACAAUUACGGGCGGGACGAUUUGACGCAACGACUGAUUCGAAAUGUCGAGACGAAUUUGAUUAUAGCUUCCGUCGACACAAAAACCAUUCUCCAAGCGUACGCGUCGUGUGUCGAAGCACUCCGUGAAAUGGAUAAUAGUUGUGUUGUGAUGCACAAAGUUUGUGGAGUCAUCAGAGAGUAUUUAAAACGACGUCCCGACACAGUUCAACAAAUCAUCAGUUAUAUCACGUCGAACAAGAAAAACGAGUUGGAAAGAGAUAUGUCAAAAACAGUCCGAUCGGCAAUGAUGGACGAGGACGAAUUGAGAGGUGUCAACGACGAUUUCCUACCGGAGAACAUGGAAACGAUGGGAUGGGAGAGAUGGCUGCCGAAUCCGUGUGAUGCCACUGUUGGCGACGGAGCCCCGGGACGUCAAGGAGUCGACGUCUUCAACAUGCUUGUUUCGGUCUACGGAUCGAAGGAAUUGUUCGUCAAAGAGUACCGUAAUCUUCUAGCUGAACGAUUGUCGAGUUCGGUGGAUAAGGAUCCAUUCUUCGAGAAACGCUAUCUGGAUCUGCUGAAACUCCGAUUCCAAUACAGUGAACUGCAACACUGUGAAGUGAUGCUUCGAGAUGUGAUGCAUAGUCAAGAAGUUGAUGAAUUAGUAGAGGAGAGACGGGCGAAUCAUAUUGUUCCAAUCUCUGCGUGUGUCACUUCUUCACAUUAUUGGCCAAAAUUGGAGACCGAGCCGACGGAGAGACUUUUGAAUGAGCUGAUGCCCGAAUCGUUGACCGAAGCAAUGGAAAACUACGAACGAAUGUAUUUGGAGGCGAAACGCAACCGGAAAUUGGUGUUUUAUAAGAGUGUUGGAUGCAUGGAAGUGUCGAUUGAGUUGGACGGUGUCCAAGUGGACCGAACGAUUCCCAUCGUCUACGCUCAAACUCUGUUUCUUUUCCUUCAAAAAGAGGUUUGGACGACGGCCGAAGUGAUGGCUCAUCUCAAAGUGUCCGUUGUUCUCACGAAGAAACGAUUGGAGUGGCUUGUCAAACAGGGAUUCAUUAGCAUGAAUCCUCUCGUGAGUAGUGACACUUGGUCCCUGACUCGAACUCCGAAUGCAAUCCUUCCAAAUCGUCCGGGAACACCAGAAAUCGCAGACGAUGAAGACGUGGAGCCAGAAGACAAUUCGGAUAUGGUCGAUGCGUUGGAACAGUAUUGGGGAUACACUCGCAAUUAUAUUGCGAACCACGCGCCGAACGGAGAAGUAAAAGCGGAGAGAAUGCAUCGUGUCUACCGAAUGUUCGGUUCGCCAACAUCAGCUGGACCCAAUUUGGAUCAUGUCACCGCAUUCCUUCAGAGAAAAGUGGCUCUCGGACUGCUGACGUGUGUCAAUGGAUCGUAUCGAGUGGUGGAGGAUAAGAAGAAGAAACCGACUGAAACCGGGGGAACUGCCUAG